ACCAACUCUACUCCGCAAUUCCGCAGUGCUAAUGUGUACGUUCGUAUUUACUGUUGUUUGUUUUAGUUUAUAAUAAUAAUAAAAAAAAAAUUAAAAACAUGCCACGACGGUAUAAUAAUGGUUAACGUCCGUAAAUGGCUACAGACAGUGACGACAGUGGUCUUUUCGACUUGAACACGGUUCGGUCUCUGCACAAAACAGUAAUCGCGUUGAGAAUUGCGCUUGAACGUUCAAAAGCUGAACUCGAAUCGGUAAAGAAAUCUCGCCUGACAAUGAACGACGACAAAAAGAUCACCAGUCAAAACUCAGAGGAAACGGACGAAAUUGAGUUGAUUUUUACUACAGAUGAUACGACCAACGUAUCUCCCAAUGAAGAUCUUGUUUCCAUAGACAAAGUGAUCGAAACGGACAUAUCAAAAUGUGGAGCCAUUACCAAAGACAUGAGAAACUCAAAAUUUCUCAGUCCUCUACGGCCUAUUUUAAAGGACAUCACUCUUAAAACACAAGAGGUAGAAGCCCAAACAGACAUUACAGCUUUGCCUUUACAGUGGCGUUCAGAAGGGUUUUUAGUUAACCAAAAAACUAUGUCUCCGAACACGACAUUACCAUCAAAGUUCAUUGCGCCAGUCGAUAAAAAUACUCGCAAGCAAUGUCUGCGCGUAUCAAAGAAAACUACAGAAUCUAGAAGGGUUAUGUUGUCGGAUAUUAAUUUUACUAGUAUGGUACCAGAACUGUCAAGAAGUGUCGAUCACUUAUGUAAACAACCAGUACAACUUAGCCGUGAACCAUCAAGAUCAAAAUUUCUAAGGAGUCCUGGAUAUGUCUCUAUAGGUUCAUCAUCUUCACGUUAUGAUUUUGGAUCAGUAUUUUCAGUCCACUCAUCGUGCUAUCGAUGUCAAGUAAGACCGUCGGUAAUGUCGUUGGAGGCUCGUCAUAAUUAUGGACCUUGGUCAUCUGUUCCAUCUUCUCCCACUAAAUGCCGACGUUCUGCUAGUGUACCAUGUGAACCAAGUGCAUCUUUACAAGAUGUAAAAUAUUCAUCCACUGCCACAUUAAAAGCAGAAGAUGAAAUUCCAAAAAAAUACAAAAACAAAGUAUCAUUUAAAGAAUUAAGAAAAGUGCGUAUGUCAAUGCCAGACUUGAGAAAAGCAGAAGACGAUUCAACAGACUCGCUCAUCGAAGAAUCCGAGUGUGUUGUACGCAAUGCUAUUGACAGUCUUACUGGAAGUCACUUGGAUGUUAAAGAGUGCAAAACGCACAGACGUUACUCAGAACCUUACCAUGGCACUUUAGAAUGCUGUUCUCUACCUGUGACCGGAAAACCCUAUUUGCCUAAGUCAAUAUACGAUCUCCAACUUAAUGCUUAUGUCAAAGUGAUCACAAACUAUGGUAAAGUUGUUGGUGGCAGGGUACGUUAUAUUGGCUAUAUCGUUGGAAUGGCAGAGCCACACGUAGGUGUUCAGUUUGAUCGUAAAAUUGGUGAUUCCGAUGGAGCAUUUAAUGGCAUUAGAUAUUUUGAAUGUGGAAUUAACAACGGUCAGUUUGUACCAUUUCAAAAAGUUGUUGUUGCGUGGAGAGAUAUUUAAAACCUACGAGUGAAAUACUAUAAAUUAUUAGAAUAAUUAUUAUACGGUUUUAUUCUUCAAUAAUAAUUCUUAAAAAAAUAAUCUAUGUCGCGAAUCAAAUAUAAUCAAAACAAAUAUACACAGUGUGUCUACAUUAAUAACUAAU